GAGAUGGAAGAAGAUGGAAGGAUAGUUUGUGUAACAGGUGGAACAGGAUAUAUAGCAUCAUGCCUGGUUAUGAGGCUUCUUGAGCAUGGUUACUUUGUCCGAGCUACUGUUAGAUCAGACCCAGAUUGCAACAGAGAUAUCAGGUAUCUCACAGACCUGCCAGGGGCAGCAGAGAGGCUCCAAAUAUUCAAUGCAGAUCUCAAUCAACCAGAUAGCUUCGAAGCAGCCAUUCAAGGAUGCAUGGGAGUCUUUCAUGUUGCUCAUCCCAUGGACGUUCAGGGCAAAGACCCUGAAGAAAUAGUGACUAAACGAGCUGUGGAUGGAUUACAAGGCAUUUUAAAGGCAUCCUUGAAUUGCAAGACUGUGAAACGAGUUGUCUACACUUCUACUGCAGCAGCCAUAUUGUAUAACACUAAAGGUUUAAGCGUAAAUGAUGAAAGUAUAUGGAGCGAUCUAGAUUUGUGCAGAGGCAACGAGCUUAUAAGCAUGUCCUAUUUGGGUUCCAAGAUCGUAGCAGAAAUGACAGCCCUUGAAUUUGCAGAAAGACAUGAGUUAGAAGUUGUCACCCUCGUUCUUCCUUUGGUUGUUGGACCCUUCAUUUGUUCGAACAUGCCUCCAUCGGUGUACAUCUUGCUGACCAUGAUUCUGGGGAAGCAGGAUGAUUAUAAAUAUCUCUUCGGUUCGUACAAUAUGGUACACAUCGAUGAUGUGGCCAAUGCCCAUAUCUUCCUUCUCGAGCAUCCUGAUGCAAACGGGAGAUACAUUUGUUCAUCGGUCUAUAUAUCGGUUCAUGCUAUGUUUGAAUAUCUUUCCACCAAAUACCCCGAAUUUGAACUGCUUGCCAUCGAUCGCUUAAAAGAUUUUAAGGGUCAGAUGAGAUCUAAGCUAUCAUCAACAAAACUCUUGAAUUCCGGAUUCAAGUUUAAGUACAGUAUCGACCAGAUCUUCUCUGGAGCCAUUCAAAGCUGCAAGGAUAGAGGCAUUCUUUAG